AUGGCUGAGGAGAACGAGCAGCCGGAAGCGGAAGGCCUGGAGCUGCGGCCACAGGCGACGCUGGAAUUCCCCGAUCGACGUGAAGAGCGGAAUCGACGAGGUAUGAUCAAAUUUAGGCUUGAAAACGGUGUCCCUGAUGUCGGUGGUCUCGGAUGGCGGUCUCGAGCUGGACACCUGCUGAAGAAUCAGACAUUUUAUGCGUCCCGGCCCGGAGAGAACCAGUGGAACAAUCCUACGCAUGCAGGGCCAAGGACUUGGAGGAACUAUCAUGGACCAAAGCUGCGCACCGACGCGGAUCUUAUGGAGCGCAUGGACCGGAUUGAGGCUCAGCAUGCGCAGUGGGAAGCCAAGAAGGCUUUUGUCAAUACGGUUCGUGUGCAGACUCUGGACAGAUUUUACGGUCGAAAGAUCGAAAACGAGCAGAAGGAAAUGGCAUCGCAAUGGGCUCCUCACAGACGGGCCAGAGGCGAGUACCAUAAGUACCAUGAGACCAUGACAUCGAACUUGGACAACAUGCCAAUGAAGGAGUUGAAGAAGGUGCUAACACCAACUGUGCUCCAUGGGGACAGAGAAGCCAUUCGCUCCAUCACGAAGCGCAUCCAGACCGAAGAAACGUGGAAGGUUGCCUGGAAGCAUAUGGAACUGGCGCGCAGGGCAGAAACGCAAGCGGACUUCGAGCAUCGGAUGACUUACAACGCAAUGCUUAUGGAGCUUGCGGGCCAGGCUCCCAGGCCACACAAUCCGCCAAAACGCCCCUCCAGCCCUUGCUCUCCAACACUUGCCGGUCUAGCACAACCCCAACAACCAAAACUCAUCACCAACAUCACCAAACGGUCUGACUACCGUGGUCUUGUACAUGUCGAUCAUGCUGCAGCUUUGGAAUCACGGUUUCCAGGCUGUGGGCACAACCUCGCCACCACAUUCUCAAGUGAUGUAUCUGUGAAGAGCAAGCCGGCUUUUCCAGCCCCUGAGCCUCCGGCGACUCCGGUGCCACAGAAGAUGGCAGUCACUACAGGAAACAUACGCAAGGGAUCCGUUCCAGUGAGUCACAAGCGGCUGCACAGUGUCGGAAGGCGGCAGGAUCCUUCGUUGCUGGCAGAGCAUUCCCAACACCAGUUCUUGCCAACCUCCGCACCGCCUGCGCCUGAUCAGGGAAAGAUGCUGCUGCAAGAACCCAACGCUGUUGACUCCUUGCACAUGAGUCUGGAGUUCCCUCCCCGCUCGGAUCACACCAGCCAGAGUGGAAGCCUCCAUUCCAAGGAUUCAAUAUCCAAGCUCGAACACGCACCACCAUCUCGCCCCAUGGUAUACCCCGUGACGGUUUCCAAUGUCGAGGAUGACAUGCAAGACCCCGACUGGCGUCCGAAGCGUACUCACGGGGCACUGGCUUCUGCGACGCCCAGGGAGCAAGCCUUGCAGAGUUCCCGGACAGAGCGCUGGCCCCCUGUCGGCAGCCAGACAGUUGACGUGACGAUUAUCGGGGCAGAAGGACUGCCGAGAGCAGAUCGCCGUGGUCAUUCCGAUCCGUACGUGAUUGUCCAGGUUCCAGGCAGAAGUCGGUCGAGAGCAAAGACGACAGCCCUGCCGGACACAGAGACACCCGUUUGGAACCAGAUGCUGGCUGUGCCUGGCUGGAGACGUGGCGAGCCACUGAUUGUGCAGGUUCUUGAUGCUGACCUCGUGGGUUCGGACGACCUUCUCGCAAGCGUGGAGGUACCCAGUGCUCAGUUCUUCCCGACCGGAUUCGAAGGGAGGUUGGAGAUGCAAAACUUGUGGGUACCUGAUGGAGAGACUAUAGUCGCCGACGACCUCUACCAGUUCAAUCUUGCCUGCAGGCCAAUCAUUGAGCUGAAGAUUACCCUGCGUGACGAUGUUUACACUGGUGACAGGCCAGUCAUCAGCUAUCAGGAAGCGGAGCAGGCAGUCACGAUGCCUGGUGCGCAGCCCACGCUAGGUGCCAUCUGUGCCCACCUUGACAAUUUCGAAGCUGCACUCAAACCAGUACCUCGAUUGGGGAACUUCUGGGUGAGUCCCAGAUGA